AUGCGCAUUCCUAUCGCUGUGCAGCUUGCGCUGCUGGUGCUGGUGACGACGGUGAUGGGGAUUGCGGUGCUGGCGAUCGCAACAUGGAUCACCACAUAUAACUUCGUGGUUGGAGUAGGAUCCCAGGGUCUCGAGCUCGUCGCGACGAUCAAGGCCAGUCAGAUCGCGUCGAAUCUCGAUCUCAUCGAGACAACAUGCAAGACGAUAUCGACGCGGCUUCUUGUGCAAUCGGCCCUCCGUCGGUACAAUCAAGGCAACCGAACCUCCAAUAACUGGUUCUAUGCCAACACGGAUAUUCAGUCGGCACUCGGGAGCCGAGGCUACCUGAGCUUGUACCAGGCGAUCCUGUAUUCAAAGGAUGGUAAUGGGAGCGAACGUCUGCUGAACGUGACGAGUGAUACAGUGCCAGACAUCAACCUGCCCUACAACUAUCCCAACGGCAGCGCAGUCAAACUGGGCUCACAGGAGAACGGGUUUCCACUGACGCUGUAUCCAAACUUGACUUAUUCCAAUUCAAGCGACGGAGACGUGACCGCCCGCGCAUUUCCGGACUAUGUACUGGGACUAGGCUCUUCCCUGCUUUUGGGCCCACUGAAGAUUAACGAUUCGUUCUCCCUCGUCUCGUUGACAUUGCCCAUUGUCAACAACACAUCCGAUACCGAUCUUCUUGGAUUCAUAACGAUUGUUGCCAGCGCGACAAAUGUACAGAGUGUCAUCAGUUCCCGCGAUGGGCUGGGGAAUUCAGGACAGGCGCUGUUACUUGGACCAGCAAGACCUGAAAACACCUUUGCAUCGACAGCUCAGCCAGCAACUGCGACCUCCGGCGCAGAUUUGGCUGCGCUCUCCGAAGCGGCGGUGCAUUAUGUGUUCGAGCCCACACCCCUUCCAGGGCAAAAAAGCCGGCAUAGUGGCGUCUCGACUAACACCUCUUUCCCGUUGUUACGGUAUCCGAUUGCUUUGGAGAUAAUGCGCGAGACAUAUCACAACGAGAACACAUCGACCAGUCGGCUCUCUACCACGAAUGAAGCAGGAGCCAGCGUCGCCGUCGGUGCGGUUCGCCCUCAGAGCUCAUUGGUACAAUGGAUCUUGAUAGUUGAGGAAACCCACGCUGAAGCUUUCGCUCCGGUGAGCCGUCUACGCAAAAUUAUCCUCGCCUGUGUAUUCGGAACUGCGGGUGCGAUCAUCGUGAUGGUGCCGAUCCUCACGCACUGGGCAGUUGCUCCAAUUCGGAGACUCAGAGAGGCCGCGCAGAAAUCAGUCAUGCCGCAAACCCCUCCUCGCGAAGACCCUCACAGCCCGGGAGAUCACCAGGGCAUUGUGGCUCCUACCGAUGGAAUGGAUUCCACUGGAGACCAAAAUGAAAAGGGCCCUACUUCCCUCUGGGUGAAACGGCUUCGAAGCCCCUUCGAAAGACUCAACAGCACCUACAAUAUCACGCCUCGGAACAGGUCACAUUUUUUCCAGACCCCCGGCCGGGUCAAAGAGCGACGGCACUGUGUGACGGAUGAGCUGACGGAACUGACAAAAACAUUCAACGAAAUGUCGGACGAGCUCACGAUUCAAUAUAAUCGCCUCGAGGAGCGAGUAUCUGAGCGAACUCGAGAGUUGGAGAAGGCAAAGCUGGCGGCGGAGACUGCCAAUGAAAGCAAGACCCUGUUCAUCGCCAACAUUUCUCACGAGCUGAAGACCCCUCUGAAUGGCAUCCUCGGAAUGUGUGCUGUCUGCAUGGGGGAAGACGAUCUUUCACGAAUUAAAAAGUCCCUGCGAGUGGUCUACCAAUCCGGCGACCUGCUCCUCCACUUGUUGAAUGAUCUUUUGACGUUCAGCAAGAAUCAGAUCGAGCAAGCUAUUCAGUUGGAAGAAAAGGAGUUCAAGCUCUCUGACAUCAGAUCGCAGCUGGCGAUUAUCUUUCAGAAUCAGGUGCACGAGAAGGAUAUUGAUUUCAGUGUGAAAUGCAUUGCGAGUGGAAAAAGCCAAUCAGGCUGGUAUUCCAUGUGCCAGGAGCGAGGCACAGAGUUGGCUCCUCCGGGGCAACUCAUGGAUAUGGUGCUUUUGGGAGACCAACACCGCCUUUUGCAGGUUCUGAUCAAUCUGGUCAGCAACAGUCUCAAGUUUACACCAGAAAGAGGCAGGGUGGAUGUCCGCAUUCGGUGUACUGGAGAUUUCCUCGGCACGGAUAUUCAUGGCUCUUCAUCAUCGACCUUCCAACGACCGAGCUCGCAAGUCAAUAAUCCCGAAGAUCCGGUGGAAAACUUCACCACGGACCGGAAUUCGCUCGACCAGUCGAAUUUACGAUCGCUGGUGUUUCACUUCGACGUGGAGGACAAUGGACCAGGUAUCCCAGCUCACCUCCACCGACGUAUCUUUGAUCCUUUUGUUCAAGGGGAUCUGGGACUGAACCGCAAGUACGGAGGUACUGGUCUUGGUCUGAGCAUCUGCUCGCAGUUGUCCCGCAUUAUGAAUGGCGUCAUUCUUCUUGACAGUGAAGAGGGACGAGGGUCUACAUUCACACUUCGUAUCCCGCUGAAAUUUGUGAAAGAGCUUUCCCCAAGCUUCCACAGCUCCAGUGCGCCUGUAUCACGCACACCCAGUGUACUUUCACUGGAUGAGUUCUCGAAUACUGUUCGCACAGCGUCCAACCACGGUUCAUUUAAAAAUGAACCUGCAGCUCCUGGGUUUGACAAGUCUGAUAUCCAGCCAAGAUUGGUUGGUCUGAGCCAGCCAUUCUUCACCCCGACUGUACCAACAAGCCCCAUUUCAUCAGCAUCCAAGCUACCGAGAGCGAGUCAAGCCGAGGUGAAGCAGGAAGAGAGUUCGAAAAAGGUUCGGGUGCUGGUGGCUGAAGACAAUACAGUCAACCAAGAAGUUGUCCGCCGGAUGCUGGCGCUUGAAGAAGUAUACGAUGUGACCAUGGUCAAAGACGGUCAAGAAGCGUUUGAUACCGUAAAGUCGAACAUGGAGAAAGGAAGUGUCUUCGACCUCAUUUUCAUGGACAUACAGAUGCCGAAUUUAGAUGGUCUUCAGAGCACUCGACUCAUUCGUGAGAUGGGUUACUCUGCGCCUAUUGUGGCAUUGAGUGCCUUUGCAGAAGAGAGCAAUAUCAAGGACUGCAUGGACUCGGGCAUGGACAUGUUCAUCAGUAAACCAAUUCGGCGACCGGCGCUGAAGCAAGUCCUCAACAAGUUCGCAACCAUCCUUGAAGAGCCGGAGAGUGGCCCUUAA